AUGGCGGCUACUGCAACAAGACCCCGGACUCCGGCCCGCGGCCAACCUCCUCUUGAAGCUCCUCCUAUCCCUACGGAAAAUGGUCAAGCCCAGGUAAAGGAUCGCAGAACAUCUUCAUCCUUGGGAUUCCUCCGUCGUUCCAAAUCGACUGAGCCAAUCAGCGAGAAGAGGUCUAGGAAGAAGAUGUCAAAAGCCCAGAUGGAAGAGGAACUCCGGCGCCAACGUGAAGCAGGCCCGAAACAACCUCCGCGCCUACCGGAUCUUUCGCCCCAACCGGUCAUUGAGACUUUCGGAGGAGAUGAAAAUCGCGACGGUGUUGCUGAUCUGGCCUCCCCUCUUUCACCAAGCCAACCUCGCCAGUCGCGUAGCGCCAUGAGCACUCCUGUGCCUCCGGACAACACCGACCCCUAUGCCCGAAGCGAGAGUAUGACCCAUCGCGGCCGCUACAGCUAUGCGAGUAGCUAUGUGAGCACUGUCAACAACCCGCGCAGACUACGCCGCCGCAAGGAUCCAACCCCGUAUAACAUCCUCGUUAUCGGUGCGCGAAAUUCGGGGAAGACUUCUUUCCUUAAUUUCCUCCGCAAGUCCUUGGAGUUGCCGCCGCACAAACACCCUUCUCGCUCGCCCGACGAAGUCGAAUAUGACAACCACAACCCCGCCAGUGAAGGGUACACCUCCCAUUAUCUUGAAACUGAGAUUGACGGCGAACGUGUGGGUCUGACCCUCUGGGACUCUCAGGGUUUGGAGAAGAACGUUGUUGACAUCCAGCUCCGUGGAGUCACGGGGUUCUUGGAGAGCAAAUUCGAAGAGACGUUGAAUGAGGAAAUGAAAGUUAUUCGCUCGCCCGGAGCUCGAGACACCCAUAUCCACUGCACGUUCUUGAUCCUUGACCCAUCACGAUUGGACGAGAAUAUUGCAGCCGCGGAGCGUGCUGCUCAGGGGGCCCCAAGAGCAUCCGAUUCCCGCGUCUUGGGUGUCCUUGACGAGAACCUUGACCUUCAGGUUCUUCGAAAGAUCAUCGGAAAGACUACUGUGGUUCCUGUGAUCAGUAAAGCAGAUACAAUUACCACCGCACACAUGGCUCAUCUAAGAAAAGCGGUAUGGGACAGUUUCAAGAAGGCCAAUAUCGACCCUCUCGAAAUCCUGACUCUUGAAGACCAGGAGGACUACACUUCAGAAGAAAGCGAAGAGGAAGAGGAGGAAGAGGAAAUUGCUGAUGAGGAGGCCGAAAUCUCGAAGGAUGAAGAUGCGCCCACCAAGACUGAAGAAGUCCCGAACGAGGAGGGUCCCGAGGCCGUCUCGCAAAAAACCCCAGCAUCUCCGCAGCGUAGCGAGGGCUCGCGUAAAGAAGAAGCCAACCCGGCGGCUAUUCCCCUCAUUCCUUUCUCGAUUCUAUCGCCUGACCGAUACUCGCUGGAAGAUGGGCCUGUUGGACGCAAAUUCCCCUGGGGAUUUGCUAAUCCCUAUGACCCAGAGCACUGUGAUUUUCUCAAACUUAAAGACUCGGUCUUUAGCGACUGGCGGUCCGAAUUGCGUGAAGCUAGCCGUGUUAUCUGGUAUGAGCGCUGGAGAACCAGCCGCCUGCACCGUCAUGAUCCCAUUGUUGCGCCGAAGCAAAAGACGUAUGGCGGCAGAGCAGGCCCUGAUUUCGGACGAGUCAUCAGUCCAUACAAGAGACCAAGCAGCGAAGCCAGCUGCUCACCUGCAGCCCGAGAAGAUGCAUUGUUAGCUCAGGAUGCGGCUCCAAAUGGCCGAGGAGGGUGGCAAGAAAUGCGGAUCGCAGAAUCAACAAAAUCGCAGAGCCAGUUGCCAAUAAUGAAUAAUGCCUGUUGCAGGGAAAGCAAAUUUUGGCUCUAUCGCCGCUUGUUCAGCUGGGUCAGACCCCUCGCUUCCAUGUCUCUCCGCGUCGAUGACCCACGGUCGCGAGGCCGUUCCAAGUCUCCCAGCGGCCGUACCCGUGAUCGUUCCACGUCUCGCGAUCCUCGUCUGCCUUCUCCCGGCCCGGAGCCCUCACGAAGAAGCGCAUAUCUAUCCGCCGACCCCGCGGGCGAGAAAGUGCGGACGAGAUCCAGAAGCCGCGGAGCCAGUCCUCUCCCCAGCUAUAGGAAAUCUAGCCGCUACGACUCCGACUCGGAGCACGACGCAAGAGAUUAUGCGCGCCGUCGAUCCGACCGAGACUAUUACGACCAUUCCGACUCGGAUGACAGCAGGGGCGCGUCGAAACGAAGUAGCCAGCGAUAUGCCCAGCCGCCGCCCCAGCGGAGAUCCGGGCAAAUCUCACGAUACUCGGAUGAGGAUGAUAUAUAUUCUUCGGACGAUGACCUGGCCUAUGGCGAUGGCCCCGGAGGAUUGGAUCGUGGGUAUUAUGGACACAAGAGUAGCUCCAGCAUCUCGGGACCUCCUCCGCUCAUGACCGGAGCGCUGAACAACCCCGGCGCCGGUCCAAAGAGCAGUGCGGAGGCAGUGAGCGGCUACUCCAGAUACGGCCAGGGUCAACCUGCGUAUUCUGGGCCUCCCCAUACUCAACCGACCUGGGCACCCGUCCCCGACUGUGAAAAGCCGGGUUUUGUGCCGCCGACAUCUCAAGGAGGAGACUCUAUGCCGGGAGCCUUUCCAGGCGCGACGUCUGGUCCACCACCUACCACACAGUAUAUGAGCCCAGACUCUGCGCAUAGCCCUUACGCACCCUGGAAUGCGCCACCUGCGACAUCUGGUGCCCCGUACGCACCUCCAGUUACCACUGCGAGCCACCAACGCAACCCGUCGGGCGACCCUAAACUAUACGCCAAUCCACCGGCGUACCAGUAUGCGCAAAUUGACCCUAAUGUCCGGUACUCGGCCAAACCCACGACUGGCUCCACGUAUUCGUCCCAUCCUAGGGCGGAGCCUUUGCCCAGCGGAGUUAGAUACUCUGCAACUCCUCAGUACCCAACAAGCUCUACAAGCGGCGCCGAUAGGGGGCCACAAUACGUUGAGGUUGCACCGGGCAGCCGAACUUCUGGUCGGCCCAGCAGCCUCAGCGUCUCAACAGGAAACAGCCUGGGCGUUGGGGGAGGCCAUGAUUCUAGUCACCCGCCUGCUAGCCCGCUGCUGGAAGCAUACAAGGGCACAUAUCAAAGCAUAUCCCCCAUGCCCUCGCCGAUUCUCAUAGCACCCAGAGAUGAUGACAUUUCAGAUCUUGAGCCACUGGACAACAGCACAGAUAGCGAGCGGCGGCGGAAGCGGAAGUCCAAGAAGUCCAAAGAAGAUGGCGGCCUCAAGGAACCAAAGGGCUCUAAAAGAGGCAGCAGCCGCGUCCGACACGAGCGCCAUGGUUCAAAAGAUGCCAGAGGUUCCGAUAAUAUGCUCGUAAUAUCCCCCAGCAGCUCAAGACGGAAGGUAUCAUUCUACGAUGCUACCGAUGACGCGCUUGCUUUGCGCGAUGCUCUAGCCCACACGCGUAACAUCGAGACCAAGACACUGAUACACGUGCUGCCUCAUUUGACCAACCACGAGAUGCUGGACCUCCGAAAGGAAUACAAGAAUCAUGUAAAAGUCCACGGAAAGGGAGUCAACCUGGCCAAGCAUAUCCGCGUCAAGCUCGGCAAUAGCGCCUUUGGAAAAGUGUGCUAUGCAACCGCACUCGGCCGUUGGGAAUCGGAAGCAUUCUGGGCCAACUGCUACUACCAAUCGGGGUCCUCUAGACGCGAACUCCUCAUCGAAUCCCUAUUCGGCCGCAGCAACGGCGAGAUGCGCGAGAUCAAGGAAACGUUCAGGGACUCGCGGUACGCCGACAGCUUAGAGAAAUGCAUGAAGGCCGAGCUGAAAGCAGACAAAUUCCGCACGGCCGUCCUUCUAGCCCUUGAAGAGGGUCGACAGAGCGAGCGCGAUUCCGUCGACUCAGACCUAGUUACCCGGGAUAUCCAAGCCCUACACUCAGCGCUCGUUUCGCGCAACGGUGGCGAAACAGCGAUGAUAUACAUCAUUGUCCGCCGGAGUGACUCGCAUUUGCGCGAAGUCCUGCGCGCUUAUGAGAAGAUCUACCAGCGGAACUUUGCGCGUGACAUGAUUCAGAAAUCUCAAAAUCUUGUCGGCGAAACCCUUGCACAUAUCCUCAACGGGGCCAUCAACCGACCCAUGCGCGACGCACUGCUUCUCCACCAGGCUCUCCAUGAAUCCCGUUCCGGCAAGGAGAGGUCAGAGCUUUUGAUCUCCCGCCUCGUCCGUCUCCACUGGGAACCUCGGCAUCUCGAAAAUGUGAAGGUUGAGUACCGUCGCCGGUAUGGUGAGCGACUAGAGGAGUCGAUUGCGGAGGAAAUCCUACCGUCUACCGGUGGGGCUGACUGGGGGGAGUUUUGUAUUCAGUUGGCGCAGAGCUCGAAGACGCAUGCUGCGAAGGACUGA